AUGUCAUCAUUGCCAAUCCCAUCGCAUAUGAGCAGUGGAGGGGGCAGAAUGCACCGCCAUCGUCGUUCGGGUGCCAUCUCGGGUGACUUUGAUGCCAUGGGCUUGGGGUUAUUUUCGUCGCCUCCUCCUUUUGCUCUGUCCGCUUCGUCAAACCAAGGUUUACCCUUAUCCGAUGACUUGGAUAGACACUUCCAAUUUGAUAACGAAAAAGACUUUACAAACAAACCAAUCUCGUCCAGCUUUGCCUUUCCAUCCAAGAGUCCAGACCCUUCAUAUCCAGCUUCUCCACAGCAUAGUUGCGCGUCUCCAAUUAGACGUCCACGUCCUUCUUCAGUGCUAAACUCCCCCAUCAGAAUGGCUUCGCAAAAUCGUCCCCAGUCACAAGUUAACUCUCCACUGACGAAAUUUUUCAUGACCGAAGAGACUAGUUUAGACGCUCAAAAUGUGCCGGACCCCCUCAUUGACUUAGAUGAUGUACUUCAUUCAAAUUUGCAUAUCGGUGAUCAGUCUACCAUUGGAACGCCGCAUGAUGACUUCUUGGCUUCGCCAUUCAUCAAACCAAAUGCGAGUCCUUUCGUAUCAUCCCCUCUCUCGGUUCAAAAUACGACACUUUUUCACCAGCCGAUACACGAAGCAACUGCCGAUGAUAUUGCUGAAGAGCUCGAAGACAAGAAAGGCACAAGAGUUUCAGAUGAUGAUUGUGAGAUUUUCGCCCAAGCACCAAAUACGCUUACCGAUUUUUAUUACAAUGGUUCUUGCAACUCGUCAACUUCGAGCUUGAGAAGUUUUUCUAAUUCAAACAAGGUCACCAAUCAGAUGAUUGAGAAAACAUUCUCAAAUGGAUCAAAGGACUCUUAUAACUCUGGUCAGAACCAGCUCAAUUCGAUUAAUACUCCCCCCUCCAAACGGUCGGGGGCAAUGGCUAAUCGUUAUCAGUCAUUUUACGAUCAACUGUAUAAGAUUUCGAAUGCUUUGAAAGUUUCCUCAUCAGAAAGUGUCAAUUUGACUGUAUCUACUAGCAAUGAUGUGGCUACUAACGAUCUGAAAGAACGAACUCUAGGACAUCUGAAGAGUUUGCAAAGUUUAAAGUCUACCUCCAUGAAACGUAAGGUUGCCAAAGGAACACUAAGGUUUCAAGAUGCGAGAGUGCACUACACACCACAUUUGGCGAUGGAGUCUACCAGUAUGGAACGCCCUUCGGUGAUGCUCAGAUUGAGCUCGAAAACAGGGCUGAAUUCUGAGAAACCUUUGGCUCCUAAACCUUACGCCGAACCUGUGGAGCAAACGCUACGCGCACAUAUGGAGCCCUUACUUGCCUCCAAGUUGUCGUCUAACAGCCCCAGUAGUUUAAAGUCUGAGACUUCAUCGACUAUUCUAUCCGCGAAUAGUACAGUCCAGUCGACCGAUCAUUCAUCAUUGUUGUCUGGCGGUGAGUAUAAUAAGGCGAAAUCGUGGACUUCACUAAAUGAAGAGAAGCCAAGCAAGGCACCAUCCAUAGUAGUGAGCACUGAUUGUGAACAGGUUCCUUCCCCAUCUACGGGCUCUACGUGCCAACAGUUUCCACCUAAUAAUGUGGAAGAUGAACUUGCUGUCUCCUCGCGAACUUCUAUAAUAAUUGAUCCGUCUGUAGAACAGACAUCCCCUAAGAAGAGUCCGAGACGAGCGGCCUCGCCUAUUGAACUGUCAUUUUUACGAAGCACUCAAAUACCCAAAUAUGUCCCAAAAGAUCUGACUACGCGAAGUCAGAAAAUAGGGCACCGAAAAUCAAAAUCAAUGUCACUAUUGCUACACCGCUCAUUUUCGGCAAUCUCAAACUCGUCCGAGGUGACAGCCCUGGGGUCACCCGAAAAGCGGCACAGAAGAUUUCGUGACUGGUUCAAGAAGUAUAACGAUUAA